UUAUGGUAAACGAGCACGGCGGUGUGGCUUCACCCAUAGAGAAAGGUUAACACUAAAUGGAAACAUACUCCCAAUCUCUAUGGCGGUCGGAACGGCGAUGUGACGGAGAGCAUCGGCAUAAAGUGUUGUAGGCUCGGAGGCGGCAUGGUUCUCUACAAAACUUUAUUUUUAUUUUCUUUAUAGAGAAGAUAAGAGUUCCACGUGGCAUAUUUUGGAUGGUUUGAUGUAUCAAACUGUACAAAAACAGGGAACAUUACCCUGUCUUUCCUUACAUAAUCUUCUACCAGAAUAUUAGUCCAACGCAGCCACCAAACAUUGUGACCUUGAAGGAACUAAGGUCAAAGCAACAUUGCAACCUACCAGUAUCAAAACCGUGCUUAACAAUCUUGUUUUGGUUCUUGUUCUGCGUUUUGCUUCGCCAUUCACAAACCAACGCCAAAGAGAAUUAUGGGAGUGACACCCAAAAUCGCUCCUUCGAUGCUUUCAUCGGAUUUGGCCAAUUUGGCUUCCGAAGCUCAUCGUAUGCUCAACUAUGGCGCUGAUUGGCUUCACAUGGACAUCAUGGAUGGGCACUUUGUCGGUAAUUUAACUAUGGGCGCUCCAGUCAUUGAAAGUUUGAGAAAGCACACAAAGGCGUAUUUGGACUGUCAUCUGAUGGUUACAAAUCCUCUUGAUUAUGUUGAACCUUUCGGAAAAGCUGGUGCUUCUGGUUUUACAUUUCAUAUAGAGACAUCAAAAGACAACUGGAAAGAACUUAUUGAAAACAUUAAGUCACACGGCAUGAGGCCUGGCGUAGCGAUAAAACCUGGGACAUCUGUAGAAGAGGUUUAUCCGCUGGUUGAAGCUGAAACUCCUGUGGAAAUGGUUCUUGUGAUGACUGUAGAACCUGGAUUCGGAGGACAAAAGUUUAUGCCAGAGACGAUGGACAAGGUACGGAUACUGAGGAAGAAGUAUCCA